UUAUGGCUAACUCGGUAGUCUUAUUUUAGCCCCUUUACACAGAAGUCAUCUGAGAUGACUUUUUCCACCUUUACCUGCUCUCUCUUCUGUGUAUAAGAUACCAAUCCAAGAUGGGGCUUUGAGGUGACCCGGGAAUUUGCCAUCUGCCCAGGUAGUAACAGAGGUGGAUUGCCACCAUCGUGUAAGCAGUGUAAAGUGAACACCCGAGACUCACGCCUCAUACUCCUUUGUGUUGAAAGUAACUGUUGCUGUCACGCUGAUGUUGCCACAUGGCCAAUUAGGAGUGAAUGCCAAGCGAAUGCAUGCCAACUUAGGCUGCACAAUUAUUUUGACCAAUAUUGUAAUCGCGAUGAUUAAUCACGAUUAUUCCUCAUUUUUCGUGAAAAAUCUUUAGUAUAGCACUACUUUUCAACAAACAAUAUGGAACAGUUUUCAGUGCAAAAUGAAUCUAAAAAUAAGAAUAAAUGAUACAUAAUAAAAAAAAUAAUAAUAAUGUACCCCCCAAAAUUGACUAACUGAAUAAAUAGGGAAUUACAAAGUGCAAUCACAGAUUGCAACUUAAUGGACGCAAAUACAGUUAAUGCAUAAAAUGCAAUACCAUUAGACUGCAAGCACCGACUUUUCAUCUGAAAAUCCCUGUCAAUAUAGGGAAUGGAGGAGGAGGGUACGUCUCAGUAUUUCUGCUUCACCAUUGGUCAGUCGUGGACUGUCACAAACUGCAAAGAACCCGAAAGUUGUGAUUCCACUCACUAUUUACUCCCGGCAUUUUUUCAUUGCAGCCGAAAAGUUGAAGUCAAGGCAGCCGCUACAACGAUUGUUAAUAGUGUCUUACUGUGACAUACCGCCUCUGCGCCAACGUGCUGAGAGGGCCAACUUCAAAAUAAAACGUUCAUAAAUUACUACAUUGGACAUCAAUGCUCUUUUAGGCUUUUAUUUUGAAGGUGGCACUGAAGCGCAGUGCCAGAGCUUAAUGAACCCUUAACCAUACGUUCGCCCCUCUGGUGUGUGGCUGACUAGGUUGCGGACACUGCUGCAAAUGAAGCACUUUUCAUAUGUAGCAGUGCCUGCAUUUUAAAUGCCAAAAAUUGCCAACAUUCAGGCUAAUUUAAUCAUGGCAGCCAAAAUUACAGUCACGAUUAAAUUUCGAUAAAUUGUGCAUCCCUAAGUAAAAAUAUUGACUUCGUCAUAAUGAAACCUUUGCUUCUUAGGUAAACAUAACAUUCAAUAAACCCCCAUAAAGUAAAAUGGCUCACGCUUUUGUAGACUCCUGAAGGGCACGUAAUGGGGGCAAACGGGCAAGUGUUGUUUUGUACAGAUUGCUGUAUUGUGAGGUGCCAAAUUCAAUUUCUGGUUAUCAUUGAACUUUCACCUUUUGCCAUCACUGAUACUGUACUAUAGCAUCACAAAAAGACAAAGCAAAAGCAAACAAGCGCGUCAUCGAUUAUUCCUUUAGAUCCUUAAAGGACCUAUAGUGUCCAGAUGGCCAACUCUGUAGUUCAUUAACAACUUUUUUUUUUUUACCUAGAAUAUAAAGCUGAUAGUCAUUUCCAAUAAUAUAAAUUGGUUUCGGAGCAAUUAGUAAAUAACUCAUUGCCCUCGGAAUGCCCCUUUUUCAUUGCCAAAAUCGAUAACGCCGCCAUGUCUUGGUGUGACAUCAGUGACGGAACUGGUGACCAACUUCGCUGCAUAGCCAUGUGGACAAAGAAAUGCACUAUACUAUGAAGUGGUAUUUGUUUUAUAUAUCUUUUGUCGGGAGGAAUCCCCCUCACCACAAGAAUGACAACUUUUCAGGAAAUAAAUAAAUGCCCUCUCACUUGAGUUUCCAAACACCACUUUAAGUUGGUAUUAUACCUUAUAUUGCUAUCAUACAGCAUACCAUGUGCACACUCACAUUAAUACAACGGCACCCCAAAAUUUUAUUCAAUCUCUAAUUGAAUGUUUUAAAACAUUGCAGAUUUUUUACUGUCAUUAAAAUGGUACGCACACUGCGUCCAGCUGUGCACAUCGACAUCAGCGUUCACGCUGACACCCGCACCGUGCAAAAAGCUUUUAACUCUUCACAUGACCAAACGCCUGUGUUAUGUCAUUUUCCCAAACUCUUUUUCAAAGGUCUUGAGUGAUUCAAUAAAUAUAACGAUGAGCAGACAAAACCUGUGUAUAUAGGCAGAACUUAAUCUAGACAAGACUUCCCUCAUGCAGCAGCCUUCCUUCUGAAACAAAGAAUUUCAGCUAUUUAUUUUACAAAGCAAUCCUACUCAAAUGUAUCUAAACUCACUGUUUCCACUCAUUAUUGUCCCACCCAAAAAAAACACAUCCAGACUAUCAUUGUUGACGACAAUUACGCUGCAAAAGACAUACUGGUACUAGUUUAAUAAGGAAAUGUGCUCAUCUUCUACUGCCGACAUCAGCAGGUUCACGCAGGUUUGGACUUAAUUGUGGGUGGGCCAAGAUCUGGCUGAAAAGCAAAUAUGUCAUCAGAAAAAAAGCCUAAAAUUACUACUGAGUCUAUUUUGGGGGAUUUUUUUCUGCAGACAUACGUUUUCACUCCAGAACUAUGGAAUAAGUGCCAAUGUUCACAGCUUUAGAGAGUUCCUUUUAAUGAGAUGAAGUCUCGCAAAUGAUUGAACACAAAGUUUUGUUUUACUUUUGAGGCAUAUUGUUCCAUAGUUGUUGAGCUCCAAAUUGUCCAACUUGUGGGGUGUUCAAACAUGUCUGUUCAACUGCAUUACUGUAGUACCAAACCUCAAAUGACACACAUAAUCAUACAGUGGGGCAAAAAAGUAUUUAGUCAGUUUUUUUUUUUUUUUUUUUUUAAGGAAUUUAUUAGCAAAUUAUGGUGGAAAAUAAGUAUUUGGUCAAUAAGCAAAGUUCAUCUCAAUACUUUGUUAUAUACCCUUUGUUGCUAAUGACAGAGGUCAAAUGUGUUCUGUAAGUCUUCUCAAGAUUGGCGCUGUCGCUGGGCAACACACACUUUCAACUCCCUCCAAAGAUUUUCAGUGGGGUUGAGAUCUGGAGACUGGCUAGACCACUCCAGGACCUUGAAAUCCUUCUUACGCAGCCACUCCAUCGUAGCCCGGGCGGUAGGUUUGGGGUCAUUGUCACGCUGAAAGACCCAGCCAUGUUUCAUCAAAUCUCACGAUACAUGGCCCCAUUCAUUCUUUCCUUUAUACAGAUCGGUCGUCCUGGUCCCUUUGCAGAAAAACAGCCCCAAAGCAUGAUGUUUCCACCCCCAUGCUUCACAGUAGGUAUGGUGUUCUUUGGAUGCAACUCGGCAUUCUUUCUCCUCCAAACACGACAAGUUGAGUUUUUACCAAAAGGUAAGGUAUAAUGGUUUCAUCUGACCAUAUGACAUUCUCCCAAUCUUCUUCUGGAUCAUCCAAAUGCUCUCUAGCAAAAUUCAGAUGGGCCUGGACAUGUACUGGUUUAACCAUGGGGACACUUCUGGUACUGCAGAAUUUGAGUCCCUGGCGGUGUCGUGCGUUACUGAUGGUAUCUUUUAUUACUUUUUGAUCCCAGCUCUCUGCAGGUCAUUCACUAAAUCCCCUGUGUGGUUCUGGGAUUUUUGCUCACCGUUCUUGUGAUAAUUUUGACCCCAUGGGGUGAGAUCUUGCGUGAAGCCCCAGAUUGAGGGAAAUUAUCAGUGGUCUUUCAUGUCUUCCGUUUUCUAUUAAUUGCUCCCACAGUUGAUUUCUUCACACCAAGCUACUUACCUAUUGCAGAUUCAGUCUCCCGAGCCUGGUGCAGGUCUACAAUUUUGUUUCUGGUGUCCUUUGACAGCUCUUUGGUCUUGGUCAUAGUGGAGUUUGGAGUGUGACAGGUGUCCUUUAUACUGAUUACAAGUUCAAAGGGGUGCCAUUAAUGCAGGUAAUGAGUGGAGGACAGAGGAGCUUCUUAAAGAAUUACAGGUAUAUAAGAGCCAGAAAUCUUGCUUGUUUGUAGGUGACCAAAUACUUAUUUUCCACCAUAAUUUGCUCAUAAAGUCUUUAAAAAUCAGACUGAUUUUCUGGAUUUCUUUGUUUUUUUUCCUCAUUUUUGUCUCUCAUAGGUGAGGUAUACCCAUGAUGAAAAUUACAGGCCUCUUCUUUUUAAGUGGGAGAACUUGCACCAUUGGUGGCUCACUAAAUACAUUUUUGUCCCACUGUAUAAGAUUAAUACAAAGCUAAGGUGAGACUUUUUUUUAAAAAUCUUUUUGUUUCAGCUAAGUGAUCUUGACCCACGCUGUAUUUCUUUGUUCUAUUGCUACACAUUGAGAUCUAUUUUGCAUUUGAAGUGCUACAAGUCAAACAGGCUAUUAGCCAGGAUUCUUUUUUUUAAUCUAGAGAAAGGAAGCAUGCCAAUUAAUAUGAUGGUACCAGAACAAAACAUUUUAUACCCGUAUGGCGCUCUUCCAUUACAAGAUCCAGAACGGCAUGGCCCCGCUCGGCCCUGGCCUCGCUUAGCUUGGCCGCCGUUGCUUUUCCAUUACAACGGGCACCAAUCAAAGGUGGGAGGGACUGGGGCGGGAUAAUAUUUUUUUAUUCCCGGAUGAAAACCACACUCAGAACACAAACAUCCACUGGCCAAUCAAAUGGCAGUGACGUCACGGCCCUUCUCGGCCUGCAUUUUAAAGCCAGGUCGGAGGAGGUUCUGAGGAAAGGUGCCAUUGUCACCGCCCAGCCUCGAAAAAGUGUAAUGGAAAAGCGACCACACAGGGCGUAACCAGGCUGGUUGGGGUUAGAAUCGGUAGAAUGGAAAGGGGCUGUAAUUCCUUGCUGUAAUAUCAAAGUGUAUGUGCUGCACCAUAUGACUGUCCUGCAUGUCCACCAUGCUCUGUGGUUUGUAAAUUUCCCUCUGAGCUCUUUAUCUUUUCUUCCAUCUCAACAGCAGACAUCCACUGUGACAGGAAGGUUUGUCUGUAGAUGGCAACAAAGUGGGGUGUCCUGGAAACUGCAUCGUCAUGUGGUAGCUAAGGUUGCCAUUUCAAGCAGACAUGCUGCUAUGGGCAUCUCACAAGAAUUCAUACUUCGCAAAGGUUCAUUGAGCUUAACUCUGUACCGUCACAGUGCUGUAGCAAAGCAAGUGUCGUCUGACAGCCGCCCAGAGUCUGAGAAGAAGGCAACAGCUAAACAAUCAGUGGUGGAGCAAAGGACCAGCCACUUGUCUCAGGCCCAUUUACUGGCUGGUGCUGUCAAAAGACGCAGUUCUUCCCAGUCAUCAGACAGCAGUAAGAAACAGAAGGUGGAAAGUGCAGCAGCAGGAAAUGGAGACAGUCACACAGAACAGGAGGGAGGAGGAGGACAAAGAUCAGGGGGAGCUGAAAAUCCACAAACCGUCCCAGGCCUGACACCCAAGAACCCAUCGCCCCCCCUUAAUUCUGGUCCAGCUGUGCUUCACCUGCCCUCGGCAGCGGUGUGCAUCGGCGUCCUGCCAGGCCUGUGCGAUUAUUCUGGCAGCAGCGACUCUGACAGCAGCUCGGACAGCGAAGUUUAACCAAGCAAGCAAUCCCGCACUGCCUUCUCUGACGACGUCCCGAUCCCCCCGCACCCCCCUCCCAAACCAAGCCACAGUGACGGCAAGCUGUGCUUUUGGCUGUGGGAAAAGUGAUUGACAGCUGUGGAGGAAGGAAAAGACUUCUGUCUUUGACUCGCGUAUCACAUGACUCGCACCUUUGUAGCUACCAGCAACAGAUUAGUGAAAUGCGGCAGGCGACGCUCUUCUUUAGGUCCAUGCAUUCAGAAUUAUGUUGGAGAACAAUGGAAUGUGUGUGUCAUUUGUUCCACGGUCACAUAAUUCAGGGAAUACGCUCAUCUGUUUACUCCUGCCCCAGACUCCAAAGAGGAAUAAAGAACUUUCUGUUUUAA